AUUUGAGUGUUUUCUCCUAUAUAGAAGCCGUGCUGUGGUCGAAUGGCUGCCCUUUUGAAGUUGGCCGUGCUUUAAAGGAGUAACGUGGUAUUUUAAUUCAGCUUCAAAAUGCCGCCUAAGAAGUCUAUGGAAGAAACCGAUCGGUUAACUCGAAUAGCUAUUGUGAACUCUGAUAAGUGUAAGCCUAAGCGAUGUAGGCAAGAAUGUAAACGUUCUUGUCCUGUUGUGCGAAUGGGAAAACUUUGUAUAGAGGUUACUCCAAAUAGUAAAAUAGCCUCAAUUUCUGAAGAAUUGUGUAUUGGAUGCGGUAUCUGUGUUAAGAAAUGCCCAUUUGAAGCGAUAUCUAUUAUUAAUCUUCCAAGUAACUUGGAAAAAGAAACAACUCAUCGAUAUUCAAAAAAUUCAUUUAAACUACAUAGACUUCCAAUUCCAAGACCAGGUGAGGUUCUUGGACUAGUUGGAACCAAUGGAAUUGGAAAAUCAAGUGCGCUCAAAAUAUUAGCAGGCAAACAAAAGCCUAAUUUAGGUCGUUUUACGGAUCCCCCAGAUUGGACAGAGAUUCUCAGUCACUUUAGAGGUAGUGAACUGCAGAAUUAUUUUACCAAAAUUUUAGAAGAUGAUUUGAAAGCACUUAUUAAGCCGCAAUAUGUCGAUCAGAUCCCAAAAGCUGUAAAAGGCACUGUCCAGCAACUGCUUGAUAAGAAAGAUGAGUGCAAAAAUCAAAUUGAAAUUUGCAAAAUGCUAGAUUUAACGCACAUACGUGAUCGAGGAAUUGAAGCUCUCUCAGGAGGAGAAUUGCAAAGGUUUGCAUGUGCUAUGGUCUGCAUUCAAGAUGGUGAUAUUUUCAUGUUUGAUGAACCAUCUUCUUAUUUAGAUGUAAAGCAACGUCUGAACGCUGCUGUUACAAUUAGGUCUCUUAUACAUCCUGAUAAAUUCAUAAUAGUAGUAGAACACGAUUUGUCCGUUUUGGACUACUUGUCUGACUUUAUAUGCUGUCUGUAUGGUGUUCCCGGUGCUUAUGGUGUUGUCACUAUGCCAUUUUCGGUUCGAGAAGGUAUUAAUAUUUUCCUUGAUGGAUUUGUGCCGACUGAGAACCUGCGUUUUCGCGAAGAGUCUCUUGUUUUCAAAGUGGCAGAAAGUGCAACCGAAGAAGAAGUAAAGCGUAUGAAUCACUAUGAAUAUCCAGCUAUGGUUAAAACUAUGGGUUCGUUUGAAUUAACAGUGGAAAGAGGACAGUUUACAGAUUCCGAGAUUCUGGUACUAUUAGGUGAAAAUGGAACUGGAAAAACUACAUUCAUAAGAAUGUUAGCUGGUAAUUUACCACCAGAUGACGGUUCAGGAAAUAUCCCACAGUUACACAUUAGUUACAAGCCGCAAAAAAUUAGUCCCAAGUCACAGGGCAUCGUCAGGCAAUUAUUACAUGAAAAAAUUAGAGAUGCAUACGUUCAUCCACAAUUUGUUACUGAUGUUAUGAAGCCUCUAAAGAUUGACGAUAUUAUGGAUCAAGAGGUACAAAAUCUGUCUGGAGGAGAGUUGCAACGGGUUGCAUUGGCACUAUGUCUUGGAAAACCUGCAGAUGUCUACCUAAUUGACGAACCUUCUGCAUACUUAGAUUCCGAACAGCGUCUAGUGGCUGCGAAAGUCAUAAAAAGGUUUAUAUUGCAUGCGAAGAAGACUGGAUUUGUUGUGGAGCAUGACUUCAUAAUGGCUACAUAUUUAGCUGAUCGUGUUAUCGUAUUCUCUGGAGUACCUUCCCUUAAAACUGUUGCACAUAGCCCACAGUCGUUGUUGAAUGGUAUGAAUAGGUUCUUGGAGUUAUUAGGAAUAACGUUUAGACGAGAUCCCAAUAACUUCCGACCGAGAAUCAACAAAAAUCAAUCCGUUAAGGAUCUGGAACAGAAGAAGGCCGGCCAAUAUUUCUUCCUUGAAGAAUAAUGUGCAUAUGUUUGCCGAUAACUUAGGUAAUCUUCACUGCAUGGAAACAAUCCGACUUUUCAACAUUUGCGAACACGUGAUGAUUAUCUCGAAAUAAAUUUACUGGAAAUGUCGAUUUGGAUUUUUGUUACUAACACUCAUCUCAUUGUUUUACAUUUCAUCACGAAUAUUUAAUCCGUUUCCUUACGAAUUUUCAGUUCCUGAAAAGUUGAUUUCAAUCAAUGCAAUUUGAUCUACUUUGCUAAACUUGUCAUUUAGUCAAAGGAAUCAGAAUGAAAAAUUAUUCACGUAUUUACCAUUGAUUUUAUAUGAAAGGAAAGAUAAGAACCCAAUGAGAACAUAAAUUUGAACAUUGUAUAGAUAUAAUUGAAUGAAUUUUUAUAUUUAAUUUAUACAUAAGCAUGAUCAAGAUAUUAAGUCAGCCAUUAAUUAGCACUAUAAAGUAUUUGGUGUUGUAUAUGAAUUGUUUGAUAUUUUUCUUUGCUUUUGAAGUACUUAUACAAGACUCGGUGAAAGAUGUUAUAUUUUUACGGUGUAAUUUAUUGCAUUACAUAAAUACGCGUGCAAACAUUUCAUAUGCUUUUAUAUACGAAAUCCCAAAAGACAGGAAAUUGUUUUUUUUAUUAUUUUUUUUUAUUGAGAAUACUCUGAACUUGCCUAACACGCAUCAGAAACCAAUAAUCAUAUUCUAUGGUAAAUGUUUUACAGUAACUAUAAUACGAUGUAACAGUUUAUAUUGUCACAAAUCGAAACAGUUUGUACGGAAUCAUGAUUCAAUUUUUGAUUAUAGUCAUUGACUUUUAUAUUGGCAGGGUACAGUGGGAUAAGUUUAUAGUCAAAUUUUGAGACAUCGAUUUAGCAUAUAAAUGUUCACUUUGUAUAUUUCGUCGUCAUAUUUCUUUAACAAGAAUUACAAUGAUCACGGUAAAGGUAACGUCAAUAUAACAUUUAACAUAUAUCUAGUUACUUAUUAAUUGUAACAGUCAUAAUCACGACAUAUAAUUAAAUAUGUACAGUAACUUUUUCAAUAUAUCUAAAUCGUGUAUUAUCUAUACAUAUAUGUAUAUCUUUUUAUUGUUUAUUGUACGAAACAAUUCCACGUAUUUGUCAACGUUAAUGGGUACACACUGUAAUAAAAAUGUUAUUACACGA